AUACCUUUCUCGGCCUUUUGGCUAAGAUCAAGUGUAGUAUCUGUUCUUAUCAGUUUAAUAUCUGAUACGUGGGCCAAUGGCCCACACGAUAUUAAAUUAAUUUGGGCUUCUCGUGUGUCGCCCAUGCGUUGCAAUAUUGCACGGGCCUGGCGCACCCCACCAAUUUUAGUAAAAUAUUUGUUGACUGCGUUUUUUUUUUGUAAUUCCAAGCUCUAA